AUGUCUCAGGCGUCAUUAUCGCCUACCAAUGAUUCCAAGAUGAACACGGCUACAGCGACGGGCACUCGCCUUGAUGACCCCGCGAAUGGCGUCACUCGCAGAACAGGAGGGGAGGAUGGGGGAGUUGUGAAAAAGACGGACCAAUUGAAUGGCAAUUCCAACACGGAAACAACAAUUUCAACACCAGAGAAACCGAAACGAUCAUAUCGCAGCAGCAAGUACCGCCAUGUCGAAGCUAUUCAUUCUGAGUCGCAACCCUCAUGUCUUAGCCAUGACACAACCGAGACACCCAGCUUUUUGGGGUUUCGCAACCUCAUGGUGAUUGUCCUGGUAGUUGGCAACCUCCGUCUUUAUGGCGUCCUCAUCUGCCUCAACUGCCACGACUUCCGCCCCACCGACCUCCAAAUCGGCAUCUUCCUCUACUUCCUCAUCCCCUGCCACCUCUUCCUCGCCUACUUCAUUGAGCUCGUAGCCGCCCACUCAGCCCGCAGCUCCCUAUUCCCAAAACCCAAACCCUCCCCCUCAGGAACCUCCAGUCCCACCGAAGCCCAGCUCUCCAAGUUCCAAUCCACCUGGACCCUCAUCUGGGUCUUCCACGCCCUCAACAUCACCACCUGCCUUGUUUUGACGACCUACGUAGUCUGGUACCACGUCCACCACCCCCUCAUCGGCACCCUCUCCGAAGUCCACGCCAUCAUCGUCUGGCUCAAAACCGCCAGCUACGCAUUCACCAACCGCGACCUCCGCCACGCCUACCUCCACCCCGUCACUGGUGAACUCGACGCCCUCCCGGAAUUAUAUAGGGAGUGCCCCUACCCCAACAACAUCACCUUUACGAAUCUAGUCUACUUUUGGUGGGCACCAACCUUAAUCUACCAACCCGUCUACCCCCGCACCUCCAAAAUCCGCUGGGUGUUUGUGGCCAAACGGCUCGGCGAGGUUGUCUGCCUCUCGGUGUUUAUAUGGUUCUGCUCCGCGCAGUAUGCCACCCCGGUGUUGAUCAACUCGCUCGAUAAAAUCGCCUCGUUGGAUUAUUUCAGUAUAAUCGAACGCCUCCUCAAACUGAGCACCAUCUCCCUCGUCAUCUGGCUAGCCGGAUUUUUUGCGUUAUUCCAAUCCUUCCUCAACGCCCUGGCGGAAAUCACAAGGUUUGGGGAUAGGAGUUUUUACGAAGCGUGGUGGAAUAGUGAGGGGUUGGGGAUGUACUGGCGGACGUGGAACAAGCCAGUGUAUCAGUUUUUCCGGCGUCACGUCUAUUCCCCUAUGCGCUCGAGGGGGUACACGCACAAGACUGCGAGCUUUGCGGUUUUUUUCCUGAGUGCGGUUUUGCAUGAGUUGCUGGUUGGUGUACCUACUCACAAUCUCAUCGGUGUCGCCUUUCUGGGCAUGUUCUUACAGCUACCCCUCAUCCAAAUAACCCAACCGCUGGAGAAAAGAAAGUCGUCGAGCGGGAAGCUGCUGGGCAACACCAUCUUUUGGGUCUCUUUCACGAUAUUCGGACAGCCGUUCGCAGCGCUCAUGUACUUUUAUGCUUGGCAGGCCAAGUACGGGAGCGUGAGCAGGCAGCAGCAGCACCAGAGCGUCCAAGCUGUUUGUCCCGCUCCUCACUGA